CGUGAAGGUAUCAGGGCGCGCGCCGAGCUCCGCCCUCCUCACUGACUGUAGCUAUCUAGUAGUUUCAAAGAUGGCGGACUUCCUGCCAGCCCGCUCUAUUUUAUCGAUAUGUUUCCCAAACUGCCUCCUCACGAGCGGAGAAGUGGAGCAGCUGCGGAAAUCCAAGGAGAUAGACAAGUGUCUGAACAAGGACAAGACGUACGUGAAGCGGCUGGUGAAGAUCCUGCUGCUCGGAGCGGGCGAGAGCGGCAAGUCCACUUUCCUCAAACAGAUGCGCAUUAUCCACGGCCAAGACUUCGACCAAAAAGCCAAGGAGGAGUUCAGGGCCACUAUAUUCAGCAACGUUAUUAAAGGUAUCAGAGUGUUGGUUGAUGCUAGAGAAAAGCUUCACAUCCCGUGGGGUAACCCAUCCAACCAUCACCAUGGGGAAACCAUGAUGGCCUUUGACACCCGCUCAGUGAUGGCUCAAGGUCACGGCAUGGUGGAGUCCAAAGUCUUUCAGCACUAUCUUCCCUCCAUCCGCGCUCUGUGGGCGGACCAGGGCAUCCAGAACGCCUACGACCGGCGCAGGGAGUUCCAGCUGGGGGAGUCGGUGAAGUAUUUCCUGGACAAUCUGGGCAGGCUGGGACAGUCGGACUACCUUCCCAGCCAGCAGGACAUCCUUCUGGCCAGAAAGCCCACAAAGGGCAUCCAUGAGUACGACUUUGAGAUCAAGAACGUGCCCUUCAAGAUGGUGGAUGUUGGCGGGCAGCGCUCGGAGAGGCGGCGCUGGUUCGAGUGCUUCGACUCUGUCACUUCCAUCCUCUUCCUCGUCUCAUCCUCUGAAUACGACCAGGUGCUGAUGGAGGACCGGCAGACAAACCGGCUAAGCGAGUCCCUCAACAUCUUUGAGACCAUCGUGAACAACCGCGUAUUCAACAACGUGUCCAUCAUCCUCUUCCUCAACAAAACCGACCUGCUGGAGGACAAGGUGAAGCAGGUCUCCAUCAAGGACUACUUCCCCGACUUCCUGGGCGACCCCGCCAGCCUGGUAGACGUCCAGCACUUCCUGGUGGAAUGUUUUCAUAAAAAGCGGCGCGAGCAGCAGCAGAAGCCGCUCUACCACCACUUUACCACGGCCAUCAACACCGAGAACAUCCGGCUGGUGUUCCGAGAUGUCAAGGACACCAUCCUGCACGACAACCUGAAGCAGCUGAUGCUUCAGUGAGGUGGGCCCCUCCCACCUCGGAGCUGAAACUCUGUAUUAAAGCCACUACCACCGCAGUGCCCCCCUGCCUUUUUCCCAAUUGAUGAGAGACGAUGUCGGCUGGAGCUCAAACUGUCUCUUAUUACAUCACUGAAGCCACCCCCCCAACAUGUUCAGUGCUGGAUCUCAUAGAAGAACUCUUGGGGCCUUCUGCUUUCUGUGCCUCUUUUGACGUUGGGGGGCCAGAGUGAUGGACACCGAUAGGAAUUCCUCUUUCACUUCUAGUUUUCUAAUUGUUUCCUUUAACUUAUAUUUUAUAGCGGUUAACUCGUUGCGGAUUGGUGACAGCUCCUAGAUGCUGUUGGAGGUGCAUGCUGGUCCUUCACUGGCUGUGCGGCUCAGCCCUUCAGCUGCUCGGUGACUCUGUAGCUUAUUUGGGAACCAACCCCCACCUGAACCUGUAAUGCCUUAACCAUUGUUUCCUGGGUGCUCACGUUCUCAGAUUCAGUAAACAGAACAACUGUGUGAUCGGACAGUAA